UGUAUAUAAUAAUUCUAUUGCAGAAAGUCGCGUGUUUAUUGGAACUUAGAGAGAGAGAGAGAGAGAGAGAGAGGGGUUUCAUUCAAGGUUCUUUCCCACGCGCGCACACGCACGUACCCUCGUCAGUGUUGCAGAGAAAUUCAGUCGCAUAUAGACGGCGUCGUUCCUUUUGAUCUGAUUGGACGAACGCUGUUCCUCAAUUGAGAUGAAGAUGAUGUAUCUCUAGACAGAGAUUUGAGCUUUGCUCGCUGUUGGGUUAUCGAUUUGCCUGGUUUUCCUCGCGUUCAAAGAAUUAUUUAUACUGCCCACCAGUUGUCUGCAGUUUUGUCCGUCCAGAUUGAUAGCGCUUAAAUGAUUGAUAUGACUGAAAGACAUCAGCUUGAUACUGAUCCACAAGUGCAGCCUUCUAAGGAGGACAUGAUCUCCUAUGUGAUGGCAUUGGAGGCUGCUCUGUUGCCUUGCUUGCCUGCUAGAGAACUUCAGGCAAUCGAUCGUUCUCCCCAUCCUUCUCAUCAGAUUGAUGUUGAGAGACAUGCUAGAGAUUUCAUGGACGCAGCCAAAAAGCUUCAGCUCUAUUUCAUUGGCUUACAACGAGAGGACCAACCUACAAGAGCAGAAACCCUUCGGAAGGAGAUUGCUAUGAUGGAAGAAGAGUUGAAAGUAAAGAGUGAGCUUAUCAGUAAGCAAGAGAAGCUGAUUCAAGGAUGGGAAAUAGAGUUGAAAGACCAAUUAGACAAACACAAUAUCGAGUUGGAGAAAGUGUAAUAGAUUGAACAGACUUUAUAUUUUGGUGUUAUGUGAAAUUGUGAAUUUUUCCGUCCCUUGUUUUGCAAAUGGUAAAUUAUGGAAUUGUUGCUAUCUUUUUUAUUUUUAAAAAUAUUUAGACAUUUACUGUCACAACGUAUGGCAACCAGCAUCGACCUCUUGUGAGGGUAGUGUCGGUAUUGGAAAUAUGUAAUGUAAUGUAAUUUCAUCAGGUUUAUACAUGAAAUUGUGGUGUAGUUAUAUA